CUCCAAAUUUCGGGAGAUUUUGUGAAAUUUAUCCAUUGAAGUACCUUAUCGGAUUCAAAUCCCAUCAUCAUUCAAGAUCCGAACCGCGUCUCUUUUACAGUCUUCCCCCUCAGUUCCAGUACAACGCCCUCCAUCUCACUCGCUUUUCCUCCCCCCGAAUGCCUCUCAAAACCCUACUAAACCCUAAAAUCUCCCGCCUCUCUCAAAACCCAAACCCUAAAUCUCUCUCCUCCUUCAUCCAAACCUCCUCAGUCUCAAGUCUGAAGGUCGCAUGGCGAAAGGACACUCCCCUCGACUCCGCCAUCGAAUCCGACAAGCGAUACAACCUCAUCUCUCGCGUCGUCCGCGAGGUCCUCAACGAGCCAGGCCGCGUGAUCCCAUUGCGAUACCUCGAGAAACGACGAGAGCGCCUCAAACUCCCUGUAAAGGUCAAAACUUUCCUCUCUCGUUACCCUCUCUUGUUCGAUACCUAUCCCGAUCGAAUCAAGCCCAAAUCCGAGCUCGUCCCCUUUCUCCGCCCUUCUGAUCGCUUGAAUUCGUUUCUGAAAGAAGAAUCUGAGAUCAGAUCGAGGUGGGAGGCACGAACUUUGUCAAAAGUUUGUAAAUUGCUGAUGAUGUCGAAGGAUAAGGUUAUAAAUGCGGAGAAAUUGCUUAAUGUGAAGAGGGAUUUCGGGCUUCCCGAUGACUUGUUGGUUAAUUUGGUGCCUAAGUACCCUGAUUUGAUUAGAUUGGUUGGGUGCCCUGGUGAAGGGAAGUCAUUUUUGGAGUUGGUUUCUUGGAAUGAGGAUUUUGCAAAGUCAGUGAUCGAAAAGAGAGCGGAGGAGGAAUCAGAACUCACUGGGAUUAGAAUGAGGCCUAAUUUCAAUGUUAACCUUCCACCGGGUUUUUAUUUGAGAAAAGAGAUGAGAGAGUGGCUUCGAGAUUGGCUAGAAUUGCCUUACGUUUCACCUUAUGCUGAUGCUUCGGGGCUUAGUCAGGCUUCACCAGAGAUGGAGAAGAGAACGGUGGGCGUUAUGCACGAGUUGCUGUCAAUGACCCUUUCAAAGAGAAUGGCAGUGCCUGUAAUUGGGAAGUUCUGUGAGGAGUUCAGAUUUUCGAAUGCGUUUGGCAAUACAUUUACUAGGCAUUCAGGGAUAUUUUAUGUGUCACUGAAAGGAGGAAUUAAAACGGCGAUGUUGAGGGAAGCGUAUGAUAAGGGGGUAUUGAUUGAUAAGGAUCCAUUGCUCGAGAUUAAGGAUAAGUUUUUGGAGGUUGUGGAGGAAGGGUAUCGGGACUGGCAGGAGAGGAUGAAGAUGAGAAGGGAGCAGAUACAGAAGGAUUUGGAGUUGGCAGCAAAGAGGAAUGCAGAGAUAUCUGAGGAAGAGGAUAAUGAAUUGAUCUGAUUUUGUUGGAGUUGUCUGAAUUGGGUGAUGAACACUUUCAUCUACAUUGUGUGAAGUUUGAGGGAAGGUAAAUUCUUGUUCUGAUUUAGAUUGGAGAUGCAUUGGCCUUUGUAGACGGGCUGUACUAUUUAUUCAUGAUAAGGGGCUGUGAUCAAAUUUCUCUGCCAAUGUUGUGCCAUAGAUUCCUAGAGGAGAGAAGUGAUUGUAAGUUCUCAUCUCCCCUUAUUUAAUCACUCCUAAUUAAUUAUUCAUAAUCAUACAUUUAGUAUGAAUGGAAUAUUAAGGUCGAUAACAUGUUAAUAAGUUA